AACCUGGCGGUGAGCUACGUGGAUGCCAUUCGCAGCGGGGCGGUGCCCUGCGUGGAGAGCGCAGUGCAGGCCCUGGCGCAGAUCGAGAACUCGGCGGCGGUGGGGGAGGCCGUGGCUGUCUACGAGGAGCUGCUGGGGCAGAAGGUGGCGCUGCCCACGGAGACCGUGCAGGAGCUGCUGGAGCUGCACGCCCAGUGCGAGCGGGAGGCGCUGCGGGCGUUCAUGGCGCGCGCCUUCAAGGAUGACGAGCAGCAAUACCAGCGGCAGCUGAAGGACAAGAUGGACACCAAGCGCGCUGAGCUCUGCUGCCGGAACAAGCUGGCGUCGUCGGACCGGUGCAUGGCUGUGCUGAGGGAGCUGUCGCAGGAGCUGGAGAAGCGAGUCCACGGGGGGAGCUACUCGGUGCCCGGGGGCUACCAGCACUUCCUGGACGACCAGCAGGAGAUGGUGGAGAAAUACCAGCUGGUGCCAGGGAAAGGGAUCAUG